GUAAAAGGCGAGCUUCUCCGGACGCAUGAGAGCACAACGACUUUAGUUGAAAGCAGCUCCCGUUCUACGUCCCAUGUUUAACUUUGGACACUGGCUUUAAGGAAUUCAGGCUUCGCCCCGGUUAAGGAACUCGAACUCGGUCAAGGAAAGGCGCAAUAACGCAAGGUUCAUUAAAAAAAAGUAUCGCUCUUGAUUGAGCGUAUUCCUCUGGACCAAAACUAGGUAAAUCUAUUCAUCAAACGUUUCUGAUCAGUUAGUGAAAUCUUUUAUAUUACUACCAGGACAAGGACGUUAUUUCGCUAGCAAAAAAAAAACAUUUUUUUGCCGUUACGCAGAUAACUAAUGACGGCAGAGGUCCAGCAGCCCCAAGCGCAGACUCCAGGCCAGAGUAGCCCGAUGUCUGCUCCGGAGAAGCCGCACGGACAGACCACGGUGAUGGAGACCGCCUCCUCCACUACCAAAACCAAAAAGACAAACGCGGGGAUCCGCCGCCCGGAAAAGCCCCCUUACUCGUACAUUGCGCUGAUAGUGAUGGCUAUCCAGAGCUCUCCUACCAAGCGCCUGACUCUCAGCGAAAUUUACCAGUUCCUCCAAAGCCGCUUUCCGUUCUUUAGGGGCUCAUAUCAAGGAUGGAAGAAUUCUGUGCGUCACAACUUGUCCCUUAACGAGUGUUUCAUAAAGCUACCCAAGGGUCUCGGUCGGCCAGGAAAGGGCCAUUACUGGACUAUCGACCCGGCUAGCGAGUUCAUGUUUGAGGAAGGGUCCUUCAGAAGGAGGCCCCGGGGUUUCAGACGUAAAUGCCAGGCGCUGAAGCCCAUGUACAGCAUGAUGAACGGCCUGGGAUUCAACCACCUCCCCGAGUCCUACAACUUCCAAGGCAACGGCGGGGGCCUCUCCUGUCCGCCCAACAGUUUGUCUCUGGACAGUGGGAUUGGGAUGAUGAAUGGACAUUUGGCAGGCAACAUGGAUGGAAUGGGUCUGGCCGGGCACUCCAUGUCCCACUUAUCGGCCAACAGUGGACAUUCCUACAUGGGAAGCUGCACAGGAUCCACAGGGAGUGAUUACCCCCACCACGAUAAUUCCGCUUCCCCGUUGCUCACUAGCGGGGGAGUCAUGGAGCCUCAUCCCGUCUACUCCAGUUCUGCCUCGGCAUGGGCUCCAGCGCCCUCAUCCUCACUGAAUAACGGAGCUUCUUACAUCAAACAGCAGCCGCUGUCCCCCUGCAACCCUGGAGCGAACUCUCUACAGCCCAGCUUGCCCACGCAUUCCCUAGACCAGUCGUAUCUGCACCAGAACGGACACAGCACCGACUUGCAAGGUAUUCCACGGUACCAUUCCCAGUCUCCUAGCAUGUGCGACCGAAAGGAGUUUGUCUUCUCCUUCAACGCAAUGACAUCCGCAGCGAUGCAUUCUCCCAGCAGCGGGUCGUACUAUCAUCAUCAGCAAGUUUCAUACCAGGACAUCAAGCCAUGCGUAAUGUGAUGGCACCAUCAGUGUAGAGACACUGAGUAACUGACUUGAGCCACCGAAGCCAAAAUCCUCCGAGACAAGGUCCAGAACCAAACCCCCGGAGGAAGGCCUGUUAGUGGGCAGGACAGAAGCAGGACCAGGAAUGCGUAAAGUAAAUGUAAAACAGGCAUCAAGAACGCCAAGGAAGCCAUCAAACGGGUCAUCCCUCCCACUCAGAGGAUUGGUUACAUGCACUAGAACCACUCUUUACAGUUUUGUUAUUUAGGCUAAUGUGGGCCAAAUUAAAGAACACGUGCUCACCAAGAUAUGAAGCAGCGGCGCGCGAACAUAUUUACACCACAACCCAACUACCGCUUGGUACCAGCUCUGCGGGCGGACGACUAUCACUUGAGAACUUUUGUUUUUAUCAAUGUACAGACUUAUGCCUAUAUUUGUUAAUUGAAACCAAACAAACAAAAAGAGAUUACGAACAUUUUGAUUGCUCGUAAGGUUAUAUCACCCGGCCCAUCGAAAUGUUAGAAUUAAUCUUUUUUUGACGAUUAUGAUCCAAAUGGAUUUUUAAAUGAAAAACAAAAAAUUGGACAUGCUAUAUUACAUGUAAAGAUGAAGGCACUUUUUCAAUAGCAAAGCGCAACUUCUUAUUUAUUCUGUCCAUAUUUUAAUUGUACAAUUAUAUUCACAAUAUGGAAGUAGGCCUAUGCUUUAUUGGCAAUAUUUGCCAUGAUGCUUUCUUAUUUGUUAAAAGGGAAAUUUAAGAUAAAAUUAUAAGCACUGUUAGCUAGGCUAUUAUGUCUGUGUCUAUUCAGGUAGGCCUAUGAUAUAAAUAGACAGCCGUGUUAUUUUUCAGCACUGUAUAAAUUGUAUAUGAUGUUAUUUGAAGCAUUGACAUACGAGUGUCUGUAGGUUAGUAUGUAUAUUACAACACACAAUUGCAUAAUAUUAAAAGUAUUUGGCAUGCA